CUGUUUUACCACCACUACUACCAAGUGAAAAAGCAACUAAGCAUAGUGUGUAAGAAAGGGAGAAAAACAAGUGCUGUGUAGAGAGAAAAAUGGCUAGGUGGUGCAUGAUCUUGGUGGUUCUUGCUCUUGCCGUGGUUGCAAGUGCCAGAAACAUGCCCAAUGACGCUGGUUUGGAGGACCAGAAGAACUUCCUUGGGUAUGGGUUUUCGGGUGUUGGCAACAAUGGCCUUCCCUUUGGUGGAGUGGGUUCUGGGUUUGAUGGUAAUAUGGGUGGGCCUUCUGGGCUCGGUGGACUUGGAGGAUUCGGUGGGCCUGGUGGGCUUGGCGGACUCGGAGGUCCUGGUAACGGUGAAGGGCCCAGUCUUCCUCUCCCUUGAGAGUUGAGACCACACACCUUCGUGUUUCUUUCGGUCGCUACUUUGCUAUUAUAGCCUAUAUAGUCUUUCUUUUAGUGUUUCGUUAAGAAAAUAAUUGUGGCGUGAGGUGUUAUGUUCUAAGAAAUCUAGGCUUUGUCGCCUGGAAAAAAUAGUAGUACGUAGUAGUACUAGUUUGUGAUUUUUUUUUGUUUUUAUAAAAAAAGUAGCAAUAGUGUGAUUUCAUGGUUUGUAACGAGUGGGUGUUUUAAUUUCCUACAUGUUAUCAUGUAUGGUUCUGUUAGUUUUAUGGGAUGCAUAUUUUCACUUGAAAUUAGAGCAUAUGCAUUUUGUAAUAUCACUAAUAUGUACGUGCUUGCUUCUCUCUAAAA